AACAGGAGUUGGCGCCAAAAAUCGCUAGAAAACCCGUGAGUGAGAUCAUUCUACGAUAAAAUAUUCUUCAAAACAAUUUGUAAAUGUUCAAGUGAUCGCGUGGAAAAGUGGAUUCAAUCGAGAGAUGAAAGAUCUCACUCAUUACUUCAUGGACAUGGAUAAAUCCCCAGAGACUCCGAAAAUUCGGCAAAAUGGGGUUACGAAUAGUGCAACAAAUACCGAGGGUGUUACCCUCAGAAAACGUGGCAGAGUGAAGAUAAAAAUAUCCCAGAGAAAUGACGAGGAGAGGAUAUGUGAUAUAAUCGAGAGUAAACACGAUCUUGUAGACAAAACUCCGAGUCCCUUCAAUGUGGUCAAGGAGAAGAUCGAAAUAUCACCCGGAGGGACUCCGAAACGCUCUGGGAUGUUAGAGAGUCAACCAGCUGAUUUGGAAAUCGUGGUGAGUGAUUCCGAGUGUGAAGAGAGUAUCUUUAGUCCCCCGAGAAACUCCUUGAAAAAUUCGAGGAAUGAAAAGGACGAGGAACCCCAGAAGGUGGUGAGCUCCAAUGCUUUCCAGGUGCUCAUGACUCGAAGCAAGCCCAUUCAGUAUCUCCCCCAAAAACCUCUCAGUCCUGAACAAGAGGCCACCGAAGCUAAGAAAAAUCAAGACAUUAAGAACAGGAUGAAACAGAAUAAAGAGAAACUUACUGCCCUUGCUGAUAAGAAAGGCCACAGUAAGAGAAAGCUAGCAGAAGCUGAGGAGGCAGAGAGGAUUGAGAAGAGACUGGAGAACAGGGCGAAAGUGUUCAAGAGACUCAAAAGAGAGGAGGAACCACCUGGAAAUCAGAACCAACGACAUUCUGGAGGACUACAUAAUUAUUUCAGCAAAAUGUCUCCGGAAGAUCGUAAAAAAGAAAAAUUACUGGCCCUAUCAACGGUUGUGGUUAAGGCAGAGGUUCAUGGCUCUAAACUUCUGGAAGAAACAUCAAAAGUCGUGAUAAAACCUAAAGUUUUGACAAAAGCAGCUAAAAAUAAGACUAGAAAGGUUUUAGCUGCUAUUGAUGACAUUCAAGUGUUGAGGCCAGAGAGUCCGAGUCCUCCUACCGCCAUAACCAUUUCUCCUGAACCACCAGUGCUUCAACCCAUGAAUCAGUCUAAGCCGACGAAGAAACCUAAAUGGUCCCUCAGAAUUAAUCUGUCUGGAGGAGAGGAUUUGUCGAAAGACGAAGAUAACGAGCGUGAAGCCAAAAGUAUCCCCGAAGGUCUACCAAAACUCAGAAAGAAGAAGCCAAAAGAAAACUUGAAAAAAAAUUCAAAAGUAAAACCAGAGAUAGAAGUUCCGCCAACCGCCCAUGACGACUCGGAAAUAAACCCAGAGCCUGAAACUCCCACAACCAUUCUUGAAACACCUCCAGAUUCUCUGGAUGAUUCAAUACUUAUCUUCGACCCUCCGAAAUCCUUGAAAAAACUUGAAACGCUUCCCAGAAGUGACUCAGACCCUCUUCCAGAAAAAAAUUCAGAGAUGUCAGAAUUAAUCCGUAUGCACUCGCAGCCCUCCACCGACAAUUAUAUUGCCGAAAUCAAAGUCCAGAAGCUAGCCCCUCUCUUCAUAAAACGCCAGAAGCCAGAUCCAGAGGUAGUGGCAGCUAGAAAAUCGUUCCUCUACUCCAGAUCACCAGAGAAUCCCAAGAAAAAAUUGAAAAAGUACCCUGUGCUUGGACCAUCAAUUCUUCCUUUUCCCUCAAUCUCCCACGUAACUCAACACUCCUCAACGAAUGUCCUAGAGGAUCCUACCAUAUCUCUAAAAAUACCAUCCAGAGUCCCUUGGAUUCCCACUUCAAUCUUCAAUCCGUUAGAUUUUAAAUCCUUGAACAACUCCAGCAUUUUAAAACCCUCCAGGAACCCGAAAAAAGACCUAAAACACCAAAAAUUAGAUCCCGAAGAUAUUUUAACCGAAAUCGAGUCGAGAUGCGCGGACGUUCGAGAGCUAUGGAGUAUAGUAUCCCCGAUAACUCAGCCAACUAAAGAGUCCCCAAAACGACGAGGAAGAAAACGAAAAUCUCUCGAAAAAAAUCCACCUCUCCUGGAAGCCGAGAAGGACUUGGAGAGCGUGGUAUGGACCCAAAAGUACAGGCCCCUGGCUGCAAGACAAAUAGUGGGGAAUGAGGAGGCAGCGAUGAAACUCAAAUCAUGGCUGGAGGCUUGGCGGUCGACUGGGAGGGAUGAUUAUAGCAGUGGCGAGGAAUUUUAUUCAUCAGACAACAGUUUCCAGAAUAAUCUUGAGACUAAUCAAGUUGCAGUACUACUUGGGCCCUACGGUGCAGGCAAAACUGCAUCGGUGUAUGCAGUUGCUGAGGAGUUAGGGUACACUGUACUGGAGCUCAAUGCAUCCAGUAGAAGACCUGGUAAGAAGAUCCUCAAGGAUUUUGAAGAGGCGACCAAGUCCCAUCGGAUCAAGAAGACAGAUCCAGGCUCUCAGAUAAAAUUGAAGAGUGAGAAAAUACCUCAGAAUUCGCUAAUACUCGUUGAGGAUGUUGACCUUGUAUUCGAUGAGGACGAGGGUUUCGUCUCAGCAACCUGUCAGCUGGCGACCAACACAAAAAGACCUAUUGUCAUGACCUGCAGGGGAGUCUGUGCCCAUUUGAACAGAUUGGCAGCCCAACAAAUGAGAAUUUAUUAUCAAGGAAUGUCUGGAGACAGGGCUGGAGCCCUGCUGGAGGUCAUCACCCUCGCCGAGACUGGGACUCGACUACCGCAUUCCUGUGUCGAGAAGCUCUUGGCGAAGGGGGAUCUCAGAAGAGCUGUCCUCCAGCUCCAGUACCUGGUACUGUCUGGAGUGCCUCAGGCUACAGAGAUUCCUUGUAGAUUUGGGGAGACUCUAUGGGGGGACGUCAAGAAUCAUCUGUACAAACCCGCGGUUAAAAGCGAACGAAAGAUGGGGAAGAGAAAGGAAAAGUCAGAAGAGACUAGUGGAGAUUCAAAUAUCGAUAUUCUUCAGGAGUUGUCCAGUGAUCUCGAGACAAUUUCUCUUUUUUCGACUUUCGUGGAAAUCGAUGAUCCUGUUUUAACCGUUUCUGAAGUGAAGUUUGAGCCUAGUCUGUCACUUCUUGAGAAUGAAGACUUGUAUUCUAGUAAUUAUUCGCAGAUGAUGGAGAUAUCCCAGUGGUUGAGGGAUAGAGUGGUGGAUAAGAGAAGUGGGAAGGAGGAGAGAAUGAGUUCUAAUCAAUUUUUGUUGAUGAAGAAGGAACUCAAUUUUGGGGUAAACCUCGCACUCUCUCAGGUGACGAGUAAUAAUUUGGAUAGUGAUUCUAUAAGGACUGAUUAUUUGCCAACUGUGAGAAAUAUCUGCAGAGCAGAGGAACUGAAGAUAAAUAAUAAUUCGAAAAGGGGAAAUCGAUUUUUUCACUAUCUGCAGAAUCUCAGACUACCGUCGGCAUCGACAAAGUCCAAUGUACUGGCAGCUGCUUGUAAAAUAUUGUGGGACGAUCAGUAAACUAGAGAUGUAUAAAAAUAUUGGGUUCAUUAUGUGCUUUCUAGAAUUAUUUUAUAUUGAAUGCAUCGGGGUUUUUUUU